CAAAAAAUCAGCGACAAGGAUGUCAGAUGUAAAAUACAGUAUAUGAGACACUUUAAAAGCACACUUGUUUAAUCCACUCAUAGCUCCUACAUGUAUUACGUGUAAAAUGGCUGUUUCGACGUAUAUAAAAUGGUGGCUCCCCUCUUUGAUUUUGUAUUGUGGGUGUUCUGUAUACAUGUACGAUAUCAACAGUGAAGUUUGCCUGAGUACACCCUUUAAUUUUGCAUCAAGAAAAGCGUGCAAGUUUUCAUUAAAAGAUGCAAAGGACUGGUUUGAAUCAGAAAGAUGUGAUUGCCAAAAAGUAUGCACUGUAAAAAUCAACUAUUUAUAUAACUCGGGAUGGAGUGAUUUUGACGAAAAUUAUUAUACGCCCUCCUAUCAGCUGGAAUCUUUAGCUUUUAGCUUCAAUGGUUUGAGCGAGAAUUUGACGAUUAUCAAUACAAGUUGUAGUCCUUCAUACAAUACAUAUGGAAUACGAUUGAACAUUAUUUGCAGAUUAGGUUUUGAGAACGAAAUAGAACAAGAUAAAAUGGAGUAUAAACCAUGGAUAAGGCCUCAGCACCUUAGCACAGAAGAACCAGUUGAAAUAACCCAAGAUCUUACAGCAAGAAGGAAACCUGUGUCUUAUGAACGUCGGCCAACAGACAAACCUACAAUGGAGUAUAAACCAUGGAUGAGGCCUCAGCACUUUAGUACAGAAGAACCAGUUAGUGUAACCCAUGAUCUUAAAGCAAGAAGGAAACAUGUGUCUUAUGAACAUUGGCCAAAAGACAAAACUACAAUGGAGUAUAAACCAUGGAUAAGGCCUCAGCACCUUAGCACAGAAGAACCAGUUGGUGUAACUCAAGAUCAAAUAUCAAGAAGAAAACCUGUGUCUUAUGAACGUCGGCCCCAUAUUGCGUCAAAUCCAGUGAUGAUUAAUUAUACAGAACUAGCAAAACAAAUUCUGGCACAGCAGCAGUUGCAACAACAAAAUUUAAUCCCAGAGGAUAACAGAGCCGGUGUGACAGUUGGAUCUUUCAUUGGCGGUCUCAUCUUAGGCGUUGUUCUCACAGUUCUUGUACAAAUCGUCUACAAAUAUAUACGAAAUGGUAAACCUAAUGCUGAAAAAAGCAAUGCUCAAAGACUGCAGUUUUUAACAACAAUUCUUAUGAAACUGAAAGAGAUUCUGAACAAAACAUUUCCAAGGGGCAAAUUACAUAUGAGCGAAGGUUUUAUAUGUGACACCAAUAGAAAGGAGGAUGGCAAGGAAUGCUACAUGGAAUCUGAUGUUUCAGCUUUGAAGAUGAAUGAAGAAGGUGUUAUUUAAUUCUUGUGUAAUAGCGCUAUCCUAAACAUGCUUGUUUUUUUUUAAACUGAUUGUUGCCUUUCAUUGCUUAAUGUUUGAGAAAUAACUCGCGAUCUGUGCGUUAGUAAAAGAAAUAAGGAUAUCUCCAGUCGACUCUUGGAUAAGUUAAGUGAAAGUAUAUCAAUUCAUUUUUUCUUAGGUUUGGACGUUCUUCAAUUCAUAUAGAGUGAUAAGUUCAUUCAUUCUUGGUUUUAUCUUUCGAGAUAAGAUUCUUUAAUAUUUGUACCAAUUUUAUUAUUAUUUGGUUUCCCUGUACAUACACCUUUUAAGGACGUUCGAUCCUCCUGAGCUUUUGAGCAGAUUUGGUCCUGUCCUUUAUUCAUAACACGCUGUAUCAUGUUUGAAUAUUAAGGUAGGAUUCUUCUCUGGUUACUGACUAGAUGAAACAUUAAAAGUAUAUUUGCUUAUAUGUCUUAUAUAUUGAGGUGUAGGGAAUUUAAAAGACCAUAUCUUUCUUUCUUCAUCACAAUUGAACAACUUUAAAUAGAAAUGAUAAACUGCGUUUGAAAACUAGCAGGGACUAUAUUUUUGGCGGAAUGGUGGCGUAUGAAAAUAUCUUCUUUUCUGCCUCUCAAAAUUAUAAUAGAACAAUGAAUUUAGUUAUAAGUUUUACACAAUCGAAGUCUUGGAGAAAUUUUCAAAUGUAAGCUAGAUUAAUAAUGAGGGACUAAACUUUGAAAAUAUAUCAAAUAAAUGUGAUUUUGCAAACAAACUAGAACUUUAUUAGCUUUUAAACGCUUCCUAUCAAAGUGCAGAUUUGAGCCAAAAAUUCAUAAAAAGUAUUCUUUCUCUAUUAGUAAACGAUUAAAACUUUUUGUUUUUGUAUCAUUUUGUACAUUUAUAAGACUACUUUAUUAUAUGUAAAAAUAAGAAAAAGUUAAAUAUAGGAAGCAUAUGAAAAUGACUAAUUUAUCCUAAAAAAUUAAGAAAAACAGAGAAAAAUUCGGAUUAGCUAAUAUCCAGUUAAGCUAAAUUAUUUAUGUAAAUUUGGUAUUAUCAUGCUAUAGACCCGAUAUAGUUAUAUGUUUUUAAGCAAAAAGAACAAUCAUUAAACUUUUGAUAUAGAAGUAGGUAUCAAAUGAUUGGCAACAGUUACUUUUUAUUCUUCAUGUCAAGGAAAAAAAUAAUGACCUUGACCUGACCUUGCCUCUAAUAUAAAACGGUCAAAUUUAAUUUCACUGAUACUAUCAUUUACUGGUAUUGUCUUCUUGAUUCCGUGAAAAUUUCAUUAAUUUUUAAAUAUUAGAAAUACGAGAAGAAUCCUACCUUAAAUCUUGAUUCUGCAAUGCAAAUUAAACUAUAUUCAAUGAAAAACUGCGAUUAAAGUCUAUUCAAGUACAAUGUAGAAUUAAACUAGGAAUAUAUUUUGUGGCGGGAGUUAUUUUACAAACUAUUUAUUGUGAAUUCUUUCAAAACAGUGUGACAAAUAUAAUAGUAAAUAUUUUCCGACAAUCCAGAAAAAAAAAUUGAGCCAAUUUUGAAAUAAAUUAAGAAAGAGCGAUAUAUGGUAAAUGUCUCAAUUGGCCCCUUAAAACGAAUAUCUUAAUUGUACUUUAUACAUAGCUUUAAUUUGUACAGCUAUAUAUUAUGUGACCUUUAUUGGUCAUUUUCAUUUUGAUCAAAAUGCCGUUAUUUUAGAAAUAUGACAUCAUAAAAAUAACGUUUUCCCGCCAUUUUAGCAUAUUUUGUAUAAAACUGCUUAUUUUCAAGCAGUUUUUUUUCCAGAAAAUAUAGAGCGCAGCCUAGAAAAAGAUUUAUAUUUUUACCAAAGAUGUAUCUUUCCAAUACUAACUAGUGACAGAAAAAAUACGUAUGUUCUACACUGCGCCCUAUGUAUCCCAGAAGAAAAAAACAUCAAGGAUAGAACAUAUUUUUGCCUUUUUUGUUAGAUAGCAAAAAUAACAUUAUUUCUCAUGUCAUUUACAGGUAGUGAGUGCAUAUAGAUGUGAAAAAUAUAUUGGAAAUAUUUCUAAUAUAAUCUCUUCUACAAAAUAAAUAUCAAUUAAACAUAUUUGAAUGUCAUUCUAAAAUGUUGAUUUUUAGGGGGCCAAAAUUAGCUCUUAUCAUAUAUACUCUUUUCUAAAAAUUUACAUCAUUUACCCCCACUUUAGAUGUUCUUUUUUAGAUUGUCAAGAUAACUUUGACCUAUUUCCUUACAUUCCGAAAAAAACGUAAAGACUUUAAAAUAAUUUUCUUGAUCAUUAAAUUUUCAAUGCCAGAAAAAUCACAUUUUAUUGGUGCAGAAAGUUCAAAAUGAUUUUCGAUCCAAUUUAAAAACCUUUUCUUAUUCACAAUUUUAAAAUGUAUUUUUUUAAUACACUUAAAUUUCAUGUUGUUUCAUGUUUUAAUUGAAUCAUAAUAUUGGAGGAAAAACAUCGAAGAUGCAAUAUUUAAUUAACACAAUUUUCAGUGCAAAAAGGUCAAAAUAAAUGUUCUGUAUCACAAAAAGAAGCAUAAUGACCCCCAUUUUUUAUUUGAAUUCUAUUUUAGCUACUAGUAUGUAUAUAGGAAGUAAAGAUAUACUUUGCAAAAAAAGUUUAAGACUUAAUAUAUCAGGAUCCAACGUCGAAUACUGAUGUCUUUUCAAUCUCUUUUCAAUAUCACUUUCAUCAAUGUCUUUUUCCCAGAACAUGCGGCUUAGAAAAUAACCUAUACAUCCGCUGUGUACUUAUCUUUUCAGCAUAAUAUAGAACAUUGUAUUCUUUAUAUAUUGUAUAACUAAUGACAUUUUUGUUAUCCAAAUACAUUUACUCAAAAUGUUUUGUAAAAUUGUUUAUUGUAAAAUCACAUAUUUUUUAUGGGUCAAUUUGUUAUGGUUUGAGGAGAAUAACAUAGGUUCAUGGGCAUUUGAUUUCAUGCUUAAAGAAUUGUUCAGUCGUAAAAUAUUUCAUUUACAUUGCAUGGGGGACAUUGUUUUCUAGGUCUUUUCAUUUUUAGCAUUACUGAUCAGAGUAAACUCAGGUGACCUAUUGCUAUCUGUUUUCGUCCUUCGUCGUGCGUGGUUCGUCGUGCGUCGUACGUUAACAUUUCAACAUUUUUAGCUUCUUCUCUGAAACCACUGAAUCAAUUUCAACCAAAUUUGGUAUAUAACAUCUAUGGGUGAAGGGAAACAAAAUUGUGAAUUUCAUGGUCCCUGCCUCCCCCCCCCCCUGGAGCCAGGGGGUGGGGAAAAACCACUAAAAUUAGUGCAAUCUUUAAAAAUCUUCUUCUUUACUCAUGGACAUCAAGCAGUUAAACUGUUGGUAUGAUUGUAACCAGCAUUGAGAUCUAUACAAAAUUGUGAAAUUCAUGGCCCCAGGGUCAGGGGUUCCAGUGCUAGGGCGGGGCUGAACAGGCUAUAUAGUGAAAAUGCAUUAUUUCUUUUAAAUUCUUCUUUUCUGUUUGUGGACAUUUCAAAUAAACUAACAAAGUGCAUAGUUAUGCUAAAUAAGACUGCCUCUUCUCAAAUUGUGAAUGUAAUGCCCCAGGGUCAGGGGUUCUAGUGGUAGGGUGGGACUAUAUAGAUUAUAUAGUGAAAAUGCAAAAAUACUUUGAAGAUCUUCUUCUUUGCUCCUGGGUAUUAAAUAAACCAACCAAGUACAAAGUUAUGUUGAAUAAGGCUACCUCUUCCAAAAUUGUGAAUUUCAUGGCCACUUGGUUGGGGUUCUGGUAUUAGGGCGAGGCUUUAUUGAAUAUAUAGUGAAAUGCAUGAAUUCUUUAAAACUCUCCUUUUCUGCACCUGAGUAUUUAACCAAUGAACUAUGUACAUAGUUAUGAGGAAGAAGGAUGCUUCUUUGAGAUUUUUGAAUUUCAGGGUCCCUGGAUUAGAGAUUCUUGUGUCUGGGGUUGGGGGUAGGGAGGGGAGGGGGGCUCUAAUGUUUAUAUAGUGAAAACGCUUGAAUUCUUUGAAAAUCUUUUCCUUUGUUAUUGGGUAUAAUGCCAAUGAUCUUAGUAUAUAUUUAUGACAAAAAAACGGGUUCUUCAAAAAAUUGUUAAUUUCCUGUCCCCUGGGACAGAGGUACUUGGGGGGGGGGGGGUUAACAUAGUCUGAAAUAAUUUUAUGCUUUGAAGUCUGUACUCAGCUAUGUUAAGGCACGAUAUGGAAAAUGUGACCUUUGCACGAUUUUAAUAUGUAUUACUUCUUAUAAAAUAUUGUAACAAAGCAACUGAAUAGAUCUAGAAAAUGUAAUAUAGCUAUCAAUAAGGGAUAUGACUGGGUCGUAGUUAUUACCAGUACUAUCUCACGUAUCAGCUGUUGGUCACGUGACUUGUAUAAAAAUAGAAUUGUUAUGCUGAAUCUAUAAAAUGGAAAGUGCAAGGGCAUACGCUUGUUUUCAAGAAAAAAAAUUGAUACACACCAAAAGAAGUUUAUUUCCUUUACCCAAAAAGUGCUGGGAGCUAGUCAGUGCUGUUUGCGAAAUACUUCAAAUUUUGCCGAAAAUGCUUAUAAUUGCUGAUAAUUUCCACUCCGCUUUAAUUCUCUUAUGAAUAAAAAUAAUCUUAUGCAGACCAGGAUCAGCUCCCAGAAGUUUUCAAAAUAUACACUAUAUAAGCGAUAAAUAUUCCAAAUUUCAGAUCAAAGAAAAUAUAGUCUAUGCCCUUGCACUUUUGAUGUAAAUACUGAAUACGCUCAUCGUUUUAGAGAUAUUCUUUACAUUCCCUACCCCUGUACAGCUUCAAUGCUACUAGAUAAAUUCAUAUUCUAUACACAUUGUAUUAAAUAAAUUAUUUUCUUUUAGUUUUUAUGAUUAGGUUUUAAAAUUAGCAAUAAUAUCAUACUUAUUUAAGCAAUCUUAUAAUUAUUAAACCAGUGAAUCUAGUCCUCUGGAUCACCUGUGCUGCGUCAUAUCUAGGCUGAUGACGUCAUAUUUGAGGAAAGGCUUUUUUCUAUUACUCGACUGUAUUGCAAUCAAGUAUUGCAAUUUUACAAGAUUUUAUAAAUAAUCGAUCAAAUAAAUAAAUUCAAGUUAUUAUUUACGCAUGGUCAUGUCGUUAAUUAAUUUGUGUGGCUUGUUAAAUUUCAAUGACGUCACAAUUGAACAUCCAAUACGAUGUACAAGGAAUGUGAACUCUGACCUUCCUUAACAUAGCUGAGUACUUUCAAUUGGUAUAAGUCAACAGCAUUAAAUUUUUUUUUUUUUUAAAUUUCCAAAAUUUUCAAAGAUGUGGCCCCAGGGUUAGUGGUUCCUGUGGGAUGGGGAGCUCAACUGUUGACCUGCCCUAACAGAAGAAGCCCUGACCCAGGGGCUCUGAAAUUUUCUAAAGUGGAAAUGCAUUUUCUCUUUGUUACUAUGAUCUACCUCUGGGUUUUAGGUAACCAAAAUAAGCAUGCUGAGUGUAUAAUUAUGAUAAGCAAUGGUGCCUCUUUCAAAAUUGUUAAUUCCAUGGCCUCUAAUUUAAAACAUGAAUCAAAUUCAAUUGUUGGAAAGUUGUCGCAUGAUACUCAGGUGACCUAUAAGGCCCACGGGCCUUUUGUUCAAUAUGCUACAUGUAUUCCUCUUAAAGUUUAAAUCGGAUUUCAAUAUAACUUGGCACACAAGAAGACUAUACUUAGAUACAUAAUUCUGGUUAUCGGUUUUUGAUUUCGAUGAACGGUGGUACCAUGGUUACUAAAUUUAAAAAUUAUGGUUUUAUUUUACUUUUUUUAUUUUGAUGAAUGGCGUUACCAUGGUAACUUAAAUUGAAAAUAUGUAAAAUUUUAUCAAAAGCUACUCCUACAGUUGUAGUCUUAUUGCAUUAUCUUACCACAAGGAGAAACUUAAUCAAAGAUCAUUUUUCUAUUUAUUGCUGCUGUAUAAUUUUCAAGCCCCAAACUACUUUUCUCUUUUUUUGUUAUAAGUACAAACCAGUAGAGCUUCAGUCUCGACAGAGACAUCUUGUUUGAAAAAAAAAUUAACCC